AUGACAAGUGCCAGUGGAGUAGAUGAUGCUCAUGUGUUCAUCAGUUCUGGUGAAAAUGUCCGUCUGCCCUGUAAUAAUGCUCUUCAUGACUGCAACUCAACUACAUGGCUCUAUAACGGAUUCAGUCGUUCAGGAGCAGUUGAACUGAUCGCUGGAGGGAAAAAGAAAAACACAGAGAGACAAGAGAGACUGAGUCUGGGGUCUGACUGCUCUCUGAACAUCAACAACAUCUCAACAGAAGAUUAUGGACUUUACACCUGCAGACAAUGUGUGAAUCACAAACACCAAGAACCUGAUGCUCGUGUUUUUCCUGCAUGUUCUUCACGGUCAAAUUCUUGAUUUAAACUCUCCUGAUGAUUGAAGAUCUCAUCCUCACAGACUGAGAUCAGUGCAGGUCUCUCUGUGACUCUCUCCUGUCAGCUGUAUUCAUAUGCUGGAGUCUCUUGUGAUGAUUGGAUCCAGUCUGAGAGAAUUGAGCUGUUCUGGGUGAAUCAGGCUGGUGUUAAACUGACAAGAUCAGACUCCAGAUAUCAGAUAUCAUCCUCAUCAGGACACUGUAUCAUCACUCUGAAUAUAAUACUCCUGAAUGAAGAUCACAACAGAGAGUGGAGAUGCAAUGUUACUCAGAACAAUCAAGUCAAGGCCUCAGUCACAUACACUGUCAAGAGUUCAGGUGAGAAAACAAGCUCAUUAAUCAGUUUCAGAUCCUCAUAAUGUCAGUAAUAUUAAGGACUGUUAGUAUUAUUGAAGCAGAACAAACAGAGGAACAAAAGCUUGGUUCAGUCUGACAGAAGAGAAACUCAAAGCACUGCUGCAAACUA